AUGUCGGCGAAAGUUCCCAGGAAUUUUAGACUCCUCGAAGAGUUGGAGAAGGGUGAGAAGGGUCUGGGAGCAGAGGCAUGUUCCUAUGGUCUCGCGGAUGGAGAAGAUAUGAUGAUGAGCAACUGGAAUGGAACAAUCCUUGGACCUCCUCACAGCGUCCAUGAGAACCGGAUAUACAGUGUCAACAUCCACUGCGGCGCCGAUUACCCUGACAACCCUCCUUCGAUUCAAUUCAUCUCCCGUGUCAACAUUCCAUGCGUUGACCAACGAAGUGGAAAGGUUGAUCCUACCAAGUUGCCCUGCCUUGCUCAAUGGAAGCGUGACUUCACCAUGGAAACUGUACUGCUCGAACUCAGAAGAUACAUGGCUCUGCCGCAGCACAGAAAACUGCCUCAGCCGGCUGAAGGCUCCAAUUUCUAA